GCGGUCGUCCUUUCUAGAAAGAAAAAUGGCUGCUGUUGACAUCGACGUGCCGGUGGAUGCUGAAGCUCAGCUUCACAAUGCGGGCGAAUUAGAACGUCAGGCUGAAGGCUUCAAGGAGCAAGGCAAUGCGUUCUACAGCAAGAAAGACUACUCGGAGGCCUUCAAUUUCUACACCAAGGCGAUUGACGCAUGUCCCAAAAACGCCAGCUAUUACGGCAACAGGGCAGCCACCCUGAUGAUGCUCUGCCGCUUCCGGGAAGCGCUGGAAGAUUCCCAGCAGGCCGUGCGCUUGGAUGACUGCUUCAUGAAAGGUCAUUUACGUGAGGGCAAGUGCCACCUGUCUCUGGGCAACGCCAUGGCUGCCGCACGCUGCUUCCAGAAGGUUCUGGAUCUGGAGCCCAGUAAUAGAGAGGCACAACAAGAGAACAAGAAUGCAGGAACUCUGCUAGAGUUUGAGCGCCUGGCGGAUUUUGGCUUUGAAAAGCGAGACUUCAGAAAGGUGGUGUAUUGUAUGGACCGGGCCUUGGCUCUGGCGUCCGCCUGCCAUCGCUUCAAAAUCCUCAAGGCAGAAUGUUUGGCUCUGCUGGGACGCUACCCGGAGGCUCAGUCCGUCGCCAGUGAUAUCUUGAGGAUGGACUCCACGAACGCAGAUGCGCUUUACGUGCGAGGCUUGUGUCUUUACUACGAGGACUGCAUCGAUAAAGCUGUGCAGUUCUUCGUGCAGGCUCUGCGCAUGGCGCCUGACCACGAGAAAGCCCGGCUCGCCUGCAGAAAUGCCAAAGCCUUGAAAGCCAAGAAGGAGGAGGGAAAUCUGACAUUUAAGAACCACAGCUAUGAAGCCGCCUAUCAGCUGUAUAGCGAAGCCCUCAGGAUAGAUCCCAACAACAUCAAGACCAACGCCAAACUCUACUGCAACAGAGCCGCAGCAGGAGCCAAGAUGAAUAAACCCAGUCAGGCCAUCGAAGACUGCACCAGUGCCAUCAAGCUGGACGACACUUACAUCAAGGCCUACUUGAGGAGAGCGCAGUGCUACAUGCACACAGAGCAGUACGAAGAGGCUGUCCGAGACUACGAUAAAGUAUACCAGACUGAAAAAACCUCAGACCACAAGCAUCUGCUGAAGACGGCCAAGUUGGAGCUGAAGAAGAGCAAGAGGAAAGAUUACUACAAGGUCCUGGGAGUGGGCAAGAACGCCUCCGAUGACGAAAUAAAAAAAGCUUACCGCAAACGGGCCAUGAUGCACCACCCAGACCGCCACAGUGCGGCCGCCCCCGAGGUGCAAAAGGAAGAGGAGAAGAAAUUCAAAGAAGUGGGCGAGGCCUUCACCGUUUUGUCAGACCCUAAAAAGAAGACCCGAUACGACAACGGGCACGACCUCGGUGAUGACGGAAAUUUCGACGGUGGAGACGUCGAUGCAAACAACAUCUUCAGGGCUUUCUUCGGUGGUCAAGGAUUUACUUUUGAAUCCAACGCAGGUUCUGCACCUGGAAAUAUGUUCUUCCAGUUUGGCUAACAGGACUGAAUAAUGCAGCUCUUUAGUGUACAACCUCAAGAUGGAUCCACAGUCAGCUGAAAACUCACCUGUUCUUCAAGACUUUUGAAUUCAAUUCAAGUGAUAACAAAAUUAAAACAAUGCCGUUCAUUCAAGCCAUCAGAUCAUGCUGCUAUUUCAACUGAUUCCUACGUUGUGCUCCUGGAAAUAAUCAGAUUCGAUUGGUUUUAGAUAUUAAGUCGUUAUUUUUGUUCUUCUAUUUGUCCUCUUGGGAUGAGCUGUCAAUAUUAGACCUCAGGACAUCCUAACGAAUUGUCACAUCUUUAGUCAGGCUUCUCCCUCUCCUCCAUCUUGCUGCAAUGUAUAUUUCACAUGAAUGUAAAGUUCAUAAAUGUUUCUUUUCUCUCCCUCUA